AUGGUCACUUUCACCUUCUGCUGCUGGAGCCAAGGCCUGGAGCCUGGAGCCUGGAGCCUGGAGCCUGGAGCCUGGAGCCUGGAGCUGGAGCUUGGAGCCUGGAGCCUGGAGCCUGGAGCCUGGAGCCUGGAGCCUGGAGCCUGGAGCCUGGAGCCUGGAGCCUGGAGCCUGGAGCUGGAGCCUGGAGCUGGAGCUUGGAGCCUGGAGCCUGGAGCUGGAGCCUGGAGCUGGAGUCUGGAGCUGGAGCCUGGAGCUGGAGCCUGGAGCGGGGCCUCUGUGCUCCUCUGGCAUCAGCAGAAUGAUGAAAAGCAGAUUGCAAAAUGUGGUUAUGUUUCUACGUUGUCGCCGCGAGCUCUCACGUGGCGGUGCAUCUGCGUAGGCGGCGCCGUGCCUGCCAGUCUGGCCUUCUCCGAGCGGCCCUGCGAGGGCAGCACCGACCGCCCUGGGGCAGACUGA